GGGGGUGGGGCCAUGGGCGGUCUUGGGAGACUGACUGUUCCACAUAGCCCCGCCUACUCGCCCUAUGCGUAUUGGCCAAUAGGUGGCAGCCGAGGAUUAGUGUGCAUGCAUCAUCUUGACUGACGUAGGGUGGCUGCAGCGCUUGGCCCACCGAUGGCCUUUGUGCCCUGAUUGGUGCUCCAGACUCCAGCCCCACUCCAGCACUAUAUUGGUCGAAACCAUCUGUAAUAAUCUGGAGCUGGCUGCGGAGGGCGGACCCGCAGGAGGGGUUGCGAAGCCCUGGCCACUGGCGUUGUGCUGGCUGACAGGUGGCAUCUGAGGCUUCCUACGCAGGUGAUGGGAGAGCCCUAAUUAAAUAUGCCCUCGCCAGUGACUGGUAACUAACAGAAACCACAGCUGUGAUCUUGAAGCUCUUCCUUCUUGAGCUUCUACCCUUCUCAGAGACGACUGGCAAGAGGAAGAGGGACUAGAUCUAGAUGCCAGGUGGCUGGGUCCAGGUCCCUGGCAUUUUGACUCUGUUCCUGUGGAUAGCUGCUUUUUCUGAAGCCCCAGAAAGGAUCCUAUUCCAAAAAAGGUCCCUGAGUACUGACUGUCACAGGCUGCUGCGUCUUUCCCGCUGACUCAUGUUUGGUUCCUGCAGUGAACACUGUACUUAACAGAAAUGCUGCCUCCAAAGUGCUUGUCUGCCACCAAACCCAGGAAGUCCUGGGGCUCAGAUCUGUGUAAGCUAGACAGUGACUUGAUUAAGGAGCCGGAUGCCAUCCUAGGAGGAGCUGCAACUGACUCUGAAUUCUUUCAUCAGAGGUUUCGGAACUUCCUCUACGUGGAAUUUGUUGGGCCUCGGAAGACCCUGAUCAAACUCCGAAACCUGUGCCUCGAUUGGUUGCAGCCGGAUUCUCGCACCAAGGAGGAGAUUGUUGAGCUCCUGGUCCUUGAGCAGUAUCUGGCCAUCCUUCCAGAAAAGAUCAAGCCUUGGGUGCAAGCCAGAAAGCCAGAGAACUGUGAGAAGCUGGUCACCCUGCUGGAGAGCUGCAAGGGCACGCACGAGCUGGAAGACGACGGCAGCAGUGACGCCCCCAGUGAAGACAGCAUGAGCCGGAAGGGGACAGAAACCCCACCGCCGCGCUCCAUCUACUCUUUCUGCAGUGACCAGGACUGGGACCGGGACUGGGACCAUGACCAAGACCGGGACCGGGACUGGGAGCAGGACCGCAGGGGCCGAAGCAGAGAGCUGGCGUCCCGAGACUGCUGGCCGUUCACCAGGAGCCCCCGAAGCAGGCUUCCGCAGAGGGGCCUUGCCCUUCCUCCGAUGGAGAAAACAACUUUGGCCAUGGAAAGAGAGCACCAGCGUAGGGCCUCCAUGAUGGACUAUGAGUCGAGACGCCAGGAUGCGGUGUCGUACCAGGACGUUGUGGAUCUUACCGAAGACAGGAAGCCACAGAACCCAAUUCAGGACAACAUGGAAAACUACAGGAAGCUACUUUCGCUGGGGGUUCAGCUUGCUGAAGACGAUGGCCACUCCCACAUGACACAAGGCCAUUCCUCGAGGUCAAAGAGAAGUGCCUACCCAAGCACCGGCAGAGGUCUGAAAACUAUGCCUGAAGCCAAAAAGUCAACCCAUCGGCGGGGAAUUUGUGAAGAUGAAUCUUCCCACGGGGUGAUAAUGGACAAAUUCAUCAAGGAUGUUUCGCGCAACUCCAAAUCAGGACGGGCGAAGGAAUCUAAUGGUCGGUCUCAACGGUUCCCCAGAAGGCCAGACGGUGAUUGGAGAGAAGUUCCAUUCAACAAGAGGGCAUCGGUGAUUCAGGAGAGGGGCUAUGAAGGGAACGCCUUUGGGGGAGGCUUUACUUUCAACUCUAACCUUGUUUCUAGAAAGAGAGUCUUGGAAAGAAAAAGACGGUAUCACUUUGACACAGACGGGGACGACCCAGUUCAUGAUCAGAGAGGCUGUGCCAAGAGAAAGUCCUUUGAGUACAGUGACGUGAGGAAAGCCAUGGGCCUGAGCAGCCUUGGCAGCCCUGCCUGCACCGAGCUGCAGCCCUUCGCCCUUGGGUCACUGCCCUACACAUGUGAUGAGUGUGGGAGGCCCUUCGGUGUGGUUUCAGAGUUUGUUGAGCACCAGAUCAUGCACACAAGAGAGAAUCUCUACGAGUAUGGUGAAUCCUUCAUCCACAGUGUGGCUGUCAGUGAGGUUCAGAAAAGACAGGCCGGAGGGAAACGCUUUGAAUGUAAGGAGUGUGGGGAAACCUUCACCAAGAGCACUGCCCUUGCUGAGCACCGGGAGAGUCACGCCAGAGAGCACCUCAUGGAGUGCGAGGACGUGGAGCCUGAGGAGCCCUUCCUGCCGAGCCCGACCUUCCGUGAGCUUCAGAAAAUGUACGGGAAGGAUAAAUUCUACGAGUGCCAGGUGUGUGAGGAGACCUUUCUGCAUAGUUCCGCCCUGGUCGAGCACCAGAAAACCCACGGCAGCAGCAAUGAAGACGAUGAACAUGGGGAAGCCUUUAAGCCCAGCCCAUCCCUUAAUGAUCUUCAGAAAAUGUACGGCAAAGAGAAAAUGUACGAAUGCAAGGUGUGUGGGGAGUCCUUCCAUCACAGCUCAUCCCUGAGGGAACAUCAGAAGAUCCACGCCAGAGGGAGUCAGUUCGAAAACAGGGGCAAAGUGUGUGAAGAGACCUUUAUUCCUGGUCAGUCCUUCAAAAGGCACCAGAAAACUUACUCCAAAGAGAAGCUCUACAACUUUAAAGAUGGCGGGAGUCCCUUCAGGCACAACUCAGACCCCAGCGAGCAUCAGAAACUUCACUCUCGGAAGAACGUCUAUGGAGGCAGGGGGCACGAGAAGUCUGUCAUCCUCAGUGUGUCCUCCGCACAAUCUCAGAAGAGCCAUACCAUAACCAGACCACCUGAAAAUGAGGAGCAGGAGAAGGCGUUCACCGUUAGCUCUAACCCUGAAGGCGACCAGAAAUUUUCCUCUCAAGAAAAUGUCUGUGAGUGGAAACCAAAUGAGAGGUCUGUUAUUCACAGUCUAGCCUUUGCCAAAGCUCAGAAAAGUUGCAGUUCAGUGAAGCCCAAUAAGCCAACAAAGAUUACAGAGGCUGCCAUUCAAACCUCAGGGGCUAUCGAUUACCAGGAAGUCCAUGCCGGAGACAGUACCUCUGAAGGAAAGAAACAUGAGAGGUCCGUUAUCCACAGCUUAUCUGCUUUCAGGCCUCCUGAAAGUCACACUGAAAAUGAACUUGCUGAGCUUGAGGAGAAGGGAGAAUCCUCCGCUUAUGUCUCGGGCCUUCACAAGCAACAGAAAACAACUGCCAGAGACAACCCUUACGAAGUGAGUGAGGGUAACAACCCCAAGGGCUCUGUUAUACACAGUGUGUCCCACACCCGACCUCAGAAACGUCUUACUGGGCAAGAACCCAGUGAUCUUAAGAAGGAUGGCGAAUCUUCUGUCCCCAACUCAGAUGUCCGUGAACAUCAGAAGGCUCGUGCUAAGAAGAAAAACAUUGAGUGUAAGAACCACGAGACCUCUGUAAUUCACUCCCUGCAUUAUGGCGCACCUCACACAUUGCGCCCUCGAGAGAAAGUCUAUGAAUGUCCGGAGUGUGGAGAAUCCUUUGUUCUGAGCUCUGACCUCACCGAGCAUCAGAAGAUUCAUGAUAGAAAGAAGCACUCUGGAAGGAAAAACUAUGAGCCAUCUGUUAUUCAGAGCUUAACCUCUACUGAUCCUCAGACGGGUUACACUAAACAGCCGGGCCAGAUGGGUCACACCGAAGAGCAAGUGAGCAACGAACGUGAGGAGUGUGCGGAAGGCUUGGCCACCAACAAAGACCUUGGUGUACAUCGGAAAAUGUGUGCCCGGGAGGAAUUCCACGGUGGGAAGCUGUCCGGAGGCUCUGUUUUUCAGGCUGCCAGUCUUGAUGGGGCUCAGCAGGAAGAGCCUCAGGCCGAGCCAGAUGGCGAGGAUGAGGGCGAAGACGCCAUCUACGGAUGUAAGGACUGCGGGCUGGGAUUUGCAGAUCGCGCAGACCUUAGAGACCAUCAGAAAGUUCACGGCAGAGAGCAUGCCGUCGACACUCGCGAGUACACGCAUUCUGUAAUUCACACGCAUUCCUUUAGUGAGUACCACAAAGAUCACAACGGAGAGCAGCUCUGUGAGUGCCCAGCAUGUGGGGAAUCUUUCGUUCAUAGCUCAUUCCUUUUUGAGCACCAGAAAAUCCAUGAGCAAGAUCAUUUUUUUGACCAUAGGAGGUAUGAUGAGCCUUUCAUGCCCCCUUUGGUCAUUAAUCCACGGAGGUCUCGUGGCCCACAGAAGAAUGCCGCUACGGGGACGUCCCUGCAGUGCCGCGUUUGUGGUCGAGACUUCAUUCACGGCUCUGUCCUGAAUGAGCACAUGGUGAUUCACACUGAAGAGAAUUCACCAGAGCAGGACCAGGGAAGUGAGGGUGCUGGCAGUGCGGGCGUGGCCCUCAGCGGGCGUCAGAGGGGCCAGACCAAGGAGAGGCACUGUGAAUGUCAAGCAUGUGGUGAGUCCUUCUGCAGUCAGUCUGAUCUCAGGGAGCACAUGAGAGUCCAUGAGAGAGACGAGCCCUAUGAUUAUGGGGCUUCCUUUCUCCACACCUCCUUUCUUACUGAUCCUCCCAGAAGAGGCUCACCAUUCUAUGAAUGCAAGGACUGCGGGAAGGCCUUUACUCAUGACACAGUCCUCACUAGACACCAGAAGCUCCACCUUGAAGAGGAAGAAACAGCAGAAGCAGCCCAGGAAGUUGAAGCCAAUGUCCUUGUUCCCCGAGAAGUGCUGCGGAUCCAGGGCUCAAACGUGGAGGCCGCCGAGCCCGAGGUGGAGGCCGCCGAGCCCGAUGUGGAGGCCGCCGAGCCCAAUGUGGAGGCUGCCGAGCCCAACGGAGAGGCCGGAGGGCCAGAUGGGGAGGCUGCAGAGCCAAAUGGGGAGGCCGAACAGCCCAACGGAGAGGCCGAACAGCCCAGUGGGGAUGCCGAUGAACCAGAUGGUGCCGGGAUCGAAGACCCAGAGGAAAGAGCAGAAGAGCCAGAGGGGGAUGCCAACGAGCCAGAUGGUGCUGGGGUUGAAGACCCAGAGGAAGAAGGUGAAGAUCGACAGAUUCAGGUCGGAGAACCGUAUUAUGACUGCAGGGAAUGUGGAGAAACAUUCACUUCCCACUCAGCCUACGGUGAGCACCUGAAAACCCAUGCCAGGGUGAUAAUAUUAGAGCCUGGAAAUGUCUAUGGGGAAAGCUCACACUACACAGAACACGCCAGCACCAGCACUGGUGACAGUGACAGGGCCCGUGACAAGUACUUCAGGUGUGACGUCUGCGGGCAGCUCUUCAGUGAUCGCCUGUCCCUUGUGAGGCACCAAAAUACCCACACUGGCUAGAACACCAGUGGGAAGGUUGCAAGACCUCCACUCGGAACACGACUCUUACUCACCACAGACUUCACACCCCCCAUGCGAGUGUCAGAAGGACACUUAGCCUCGACGUGUGCACACCUGACUGAACCUCAGACAACUCAGACAGAAAAGACACUGAAGGGGGAGACGCCCUCGGCCUCCGCUCAGCAGACCCGGGGGGGUGGGUGUGGAGGAAGGCCAGGGCACAUGCCCUCUCUUCCAUCCGGGGGCCACCCUGAGGGGAGCCACAGAAGCCGCCCCCGGUGACCAUGAAUGACACUCUGGACCUAUGUGAAUGUUCCCUGAGAUGUACAUAAAGUAGCGAAUCCUAGCAGAACAGUGAUCACAUGUAUUUGGAUUCGAUGUGAUGAACAACAGUUCACUGUGCGGAGGUUCUGCACCUGGUCCUCUGUAAUCUUUUCUUUUUUUUGGAGGAGGAAGAGAGCAACAAAUUAGAAUAUAUUUGUAAGCAUCUUAGAUCCUGAGAAAGGUUUCUUGUGCAUUAUUUGAACCCCAUCACUAUCUUUUUGAGUAAUUGUGUGCUGUUCCUUAGUCUUACGUGUCCCUGUAAAGGUGUAGGCAUGAAAAAGUCUUCUACAUUUUGCUGUUUGAAAAGAGAAGUACGUGAGCUUUGUUCUCAGCCAUCGUGUUCACACCGACGCUCUGGAAUCUGAUGCUUGUGAUCCUGUACGGUGUGUGGAUUGGCCUUUGACCCGAAUGGAUCAGUUGCCACAUUCUACCUUGUAGUGAUUCUCAUGUAAAAGUAUUACAAGUGUUUUGUUUUAACCAACUUGAUGUAUGUUUGAUAGUGAAUUCACAAAAGCUGAAGCUUUUCCCUGUAAAUCUUGUCUUUUGCCUUUAAAGAGUGGGUUGCAACCAUCACUAGAUCACGGAAGUGCCUAAUGAAGGUUGAGAAGUGUAGGAGAGGCUCUCAUGUUGUAAAUACAGAUGCAGACUAUCAACUUUCAUCAUUUCCUUGCGCGCUUCCUGCCUUAAGUGACGAGGAGCGGCGUGGCUUUGUUAGUAGGUACUGCCCCGAGUCAGCUUGCACCCCGGGUGCCCAGGAGCUAGUGUCCUUAGAGCCUUCUGUCACUGAACGUAGUCCUUGUCUUCACCUGUCUGACCCUCAAUCCCAUGCCUAACUUGCAUUUUUUUUUAAAAAAGCUUUCUUUACAGUCAGCCCACGCUUAACAUGGACUCAGGUUCCCCAGCAGCCUUAACCUGUUCUGUUACCGCGUGUUCCCUCCCUCUUUGUCCCCCGAAGCAUUUCUGAGCUGCCCCCUGGAGCAGUUCCCACUUACCCACAGAGGCCUUGCAGCUUGCAGCUCCUGUGUCUUAUUCUGUGGGCCACCUGUGCUCCUUUUGUUUCCCUUCCCCUCAUACAUCACUAUUAAGAAAUUAUUUGGCUUUGAGUUGGCUGGAAAAAAAAUUAAAAAUAAUAAAAUAUUUUUUAAAAAAGCGGAUCUGUAGAUGAAGUGAGCAAAAGUUAAGAGCAGAGAAUUUGAGCAAGCAAAACUAAAAUGCCUGCUGGGGGAAUUAGUCUACAUCUCACUCUUCUAGAUCCGCGUGGUUAGGGCUCUCAGCAGGGGUGUCAGCUGCAGGGAGUGCCGCAGUGGAGGGAGGUUGCAGGGCUGAGAGGGUGAAGCAGAGACGAGCAAGCCACAGAAGGGAGUCCUGGGAGGGCGAGCAGGCAGACAGGCGGCAUCAGAAGCAGGAGCUGGGAGGCCAGGCCGGCGGGAAUGAACGGAACAGGCUGCCCUGGGCAGUGUGGAAGAGGGGCCCUCUUGGAUGGCAUGGUGUAGGUGAGGGCCAGCUGCACCAAAAGACCUGAGGUUGGAAUGGACCGCCGGGAACACAGGACAGUGAGCCACCGCAUUCGCGGAGGACCCUUGACACAGGAGCCAGUGUUGAUGUCAUAGGGGUGAACUUGGGUUCGUCACUGUUAGGACUAAUUGGUAGAGCCUUGUCAGAAAGCAACUUGCCAAUUGUCAGGGUGUCCCUUAUAUUAGUGAAAAUUUAGGAACAACUUAAAUGCCAAACAACAGGAGAGUGAUUAAGUGAACGCAUCCAUGGACUCUUGUGCAGCUGUUUAAAAAUGAUAGCCAUGGAGAGUUAUGUAGCAAGGUGGAAAUAUAUUUAUGGAAUAUUAAGUGGAAAAAACAGGACACAAUUAUAUUUAUACUAUAGUUAUAACUGUUUAAAAAUGUGCUUAUAGUCAAAAGCUGUUGUGUCGUCAUUGUCGUAGGCCUAUAGUUGAGCAUUAUUUUCCUAAAUUCCUUGAGUGUUCUUUAUGGUAGUGUGACUAAAAAGUUUUAUAGUCAUUUUUCCAUUGUGAACAUUAUUUGAACUCAUUAUCAGACACUUGGAAAAUACAGAAAAGUGGAGGAAAAAAAUACCAUAUUCUCACCAUCCAAAGAUAGAUAUACUCUUAAAUCAUUUUAUUCUCAUUUCUGUGCACAGGUUUAUGAUUAUAACUGUGUCAAACUGUGUAUUCAAAAUAGCUAUCAUGUCACCUUUGUGGAAUUAUGGUCACUUUCAUCUUAUGUCUUCAAAUAUUCCUUAUAAAAGUGUCCUGAUAAGAAAGUUUAUUAUGUUUGUUUCCAUUACAAGCAUAAUAUGUACCCAGAGGAAAAAUUGGAAAAUAGAGUAAAUUUUUAAGGAAAAAAAAAAGUCACCCAUAUUCCAAACACCCAGCAACUACAGUUAACAUCUUGAUGUUUCCUCCUUCUUGUUUCAGUGCACAAGUUUGUGAUUAUAACAGUGUUAAAUAUGUACUCAUAGAGUCUAAAAUGAAAAAAAUGCAGAAAAUAAUUAGUGUUGUCAUUGUGGAAUUAUGGUUAAAUAUUUUGUCUCAGAUUCCUUGAAUGAUCUUUGGUAUUUUGGUAUUAAAUCUUAUGUAUGUAUUUUUCCAUUACAAAUAUAAUACAUACUCAUACCAAACUUUGGGAAAUUCGGUAAAGUAGAAGAAAAGAAAGUCACCCAUAUUCCCAACACCCAACAAUGGCUGUUAAUGUCUCACUCUGCGUGCCAGUCUGUGAGUGUCAAUGAUAAGUAUGCAUAGCAUUGAAGAUGGGAAGAAACAUGGAAACCAAUUAAGAAAUAGUUGUGUGGUGGUUGUGGGAUUUGGGUUGAAUAUUUUGUCUCGGUUUCCUCAAGUGGUCUUUAUCAUAGUGUUUUGGUAGUCUACCUUUAUUACGUAUAUUUCUAUUAUAAACACAGUAUGUGUUCAUUAUAGAAACUUUGAAGUUACGGAAAUGUAGAAGAGACACUCACCCAUAUUUUCACCACCCAAAGACUGUGGUUAACACAUCUUGACAUGUUUUCUUCAUUGUUUCUGUGCACAGGUUUUUUUGGUUUGUUAAUAUGGUUGUGGCUGUUCUAUCUGUAAUAGUGUCAACAAUAAAAAUAAAGUUAAAAAUAAGA